AGCUGAGAGGUUCAAAGCCAAAGUGAAAGAAAAAGCCCAACCACAAGCGAGCUAACAACCAUCACUCUUUAGCCUUUUCUCCAUUGUUGAGGCAAAGAAAGAAGCUAGUAGUUCUCAGUAUCAUUGCCAUCGCACAUUUGCACUGCGUCACUCAACUCCAGUGACAUGGAGAUGCGUCUCCACCUCCAUGUGCUGGCGAUCCUCAUGAUCAUCUCGGCGCGGCCUCCCUCCGUCGCUGGCGGGCUCUGCCGCGACAGCUGCGGCGACGUCCCGGUGCGCUACCCGCUGGGCAUCGACGACGGCUGCGGCAGCCCGUACUACCGCAGCAUGCUGACCUGCGCCGACAACACCACGCUCCGCCUCCGCACCCCAUCCGGCACGUACCCGGUGUCCGGCGCCGACUACGCGGACCCGCACCUGGUGGUGACGGACCCGUCCAUGUGGACCUGCGCGCGGCCCUUCACCGCCGUCCACGCCGCGCCCUUCAGCCUGGACACCAGCACCCGCUUCUCGCUGUCCCCGAGGAACGACCACCUCUUCUUCAACUGCGACGAGGAGCGGGUCAUCGUGGCGCCGCGGCCGGCCAUCUGCGACCGGUACCCGGACCGGUGCGACUCGGCGUGCGACAGCGCCGGGUACCUGUGCCGGAACCUGCCGGGCUGCCGCGGCGCGCUGGAGGAAGGCAACAUGAGCUGCUGCGCGUACCGGCCCCGCGCGGCGGAGUCGCUGAGGGCCAUGCUGCGGCACUGCGAGGCCUACACCACCGUGUACUGGCGCGCGGUGGGCGACAAGUUCCCGCCCUACGACCAGGUGCCGGACUACGGCGUCCGGGUGGACUUCGAGAUCCCCGUCACCACGCGGUGCCUGCAGUGCCAGGACCGGCGCCGCGGCGCCAACGGCACCUGCGGCUUCGACCCCGCCACCAGGGACUUCGUCUGCAUCUGCGACGGCGGCCGGAACUCCACCACGGACUGUGCAGAUGGCCGCGUCACAGGGCAUGGAGCAUCAGCCGGAGUUGUAGCUGCAACCGUCGUGUUCUCAAUUUCGGCAGCGAUCGGCAUCGGGGGGCUCGUGAUGUACAUACGCAAGAUGAGAUCGAGCAAAGUGGUCACCUGCGGCGUCCAGAGUAACGAAAACAGAUUCUUCUGAGCCGACCU